CGAGCUACCAGGUAUCUAUCUACCCCGCCAAACGGCUAGUAGCUAGAGGUGGCAUAGCUGUCAUAAGUAGAGCACAGCACCCGCCUGCAUCCCCCGCUUCCAACUCAAUUCCUCAAUCCAAUCAAUCCAAUCUAUAAACUCAAUCCAUCCAUCUACGAACUCUACAUCUCUAUAUCGAAUAUGACAGCCCAAAGAAUCGACAUCGACAAAGUCCAGUCGACAUUCAGCGGGAUAUGCAUCGACCUAAUCAGCGCCUCCCUCGGCGGCUCAAUCGUGUCCUUCUCAGACGAAUUCUUCGCAUCAGCCUCCAACCUCAUCACUCCCACCGCACCCAUCCAGCGGGCCGGACACUUCAUUGCGUCAGGGGCCUGGUACGACGGGUGGGAGACGCGGCGUCACAACCCGUCGACUGCAGACUGGGUCGUGAUAAAGCUGGGCGUUCCCUCCGGCGUCGUGCACGGCGUCGAGAUCGACACGGCGUUCUUUUCCGGGAACCACGCGCCCGCGGUCAGUGUGCAGGGCGUGUUCCUCCCCGGUGGAAUGCCGGAUGAGACUACCGAGGGGAGGUGGGAAACCAUUCUGGAUACCCAGGAGACGGGGCCGAAUCAAAGGCAUGUCUGGCGCCUCGAGAGACCGGCGGAAAAGCCGGUUAGUCAUGUCAGGCUGAAUAUGUACCCUGACGGGGGAAUUGCGAGGUUUCGCUUGCUGGGUACCGUCGUCCCAGUGUGGCCGGAUGAUAGCGAGGCCAUCGUGGAUUUGGCGCAUGUGGCGAAUGGAGGGUUCGCGGUGAGCUGCAGCGAUCAGCACUACAGCGUCAAGGAUAACCUCCUACUCCCCGGGCGUGGAGAGAAUAUGGGCGAUGGAUGGGAGACGAAGAGGAGUCGCCAGCCGGAGCACGUCGACUGGGUGGUUGUUAAACUAGGCGCCAAAGGCUACCUCGAGGAGAUAAUCGUGGACACGCUACACUUCCGGGGCAACUUCCCACAGGCGGUGGAGGUAUACGGGCUGAACGCGGAGACGCACGACGUGGCAGCCGACGAUGCGCGCUGGGAGCUGGUGGUGCCCAAGAGCAAGUGCGCCAAGGAUACCGAGCACGCGUUCUCGUCCACCAUGAUGCAGAAUGUCGACGGCAAGGUCGUGAGCCAUGUCAAGAUGGUCAUCAUUCCUGAUGGCGGCGUUAAGAGGCUUAGGGUCUUUGGGAAGCGCGUUGUGGGGGCUUGAGGUCUUGUGUGUACUAGAUAGUCUACGCGGGAAAUGGAGUCACUGUCAUCGAUCAACUAGGAAUGAAUCCGCAUCCACCACAGUCAAUCAAAUAUAUCUU